CACUUUUGGAUGAAAGAGAAUGGAGGUAACGGGUUAGCCAAACCCAAGACGUUCCACCCAAAAAAAAACACAAUACCAUCCACCAUGUGAUCGUGAUCUGGAUCAUACCGUCGGUACCUUCUUCAAACCCCCCUCCGCCCGCCCGACUCUAGAUAUGACCAUACGUGGGAAUUAAAAAAAAUUUAAAAGGAAGAAGCGGGUCGGCCAGACCAACGUCGUCUAAAUAGCUAAUAGCGACGUGUCGGCACAUGCGGUAAACUUUUAAAACAUGGAAAUCGAGGGCAAAAGUGGCUCCAAAAUCCGGCUCGAAGAAGGCUCUGAAACCUUCGAUUUCGGAAGAGAAUUGGGGUUUAUUUCCAGUGAUCGAGCAAUUUCUCGUCACCAUAUUUCUUUCAAACUCCACGAAGAUCGAACCAGGGUUUAUUUCGAAGUUAAAGGGAAAAACCCCGUCUGGGUACGCGACCGUAGAAACGAUGAAAUUAGGGUUUACAAACGUUCGGAAGGAGGUGAAAUUAAGAAUGGAGAUUCGUUUUGUGUGGCUUCGAAGAAUCCUGUUUGGUUUAACGUGAAGAGAAUCGCAAGCGAAAACGAAGACGAUAGUGAAUCGAAGAGCGAACUCAGUCUUGACGAAGCAUUCGCAGAGACUUCGGGGAUUGAAUACGAUGAAGUCGAGACCGGUGAUAUUUCACAUAUCGAUCCUGUUAAAGAGUUUGGUUUUGUUGUUGUGGGACAUGAAUUUGAUCGCUACCCAAUGAAAAUGCUCAGCGAUAUAAGUAAUUGGGAUUGGUUUCUUGAAGAACCUAAACAAGAGAGCGAUGAAGAGGAAGUUAAUGUGAGAAAAAGGAAGAAGAGUACAAGAAAAAGGAGAAAGAAGAGUGGAGAGGAUGACGAUGAUGAAGUGUGGACGGGUGAGAGUGAAGAAGAUGCUGAAAUUAUCAAGAAAAUGAAAAAUGCCCCAAAACCCAAGUACUCAACUAGAUCAAAGGAGCAAAAGCAAGACAAGAAGGGUGCAACUUUCCACUCCACCUCCGGCAUUCCCAUUCCCAUCGCUGUUGAAGUUUCAAAGCUCGGUGAAUUUGCCACAAAGCGAGGCCAAAACUUUUAUCGUCGGAGGCGUUUUUUUUAUCCAUGCGGGCUUCCUUCUUUCAGAUUCUUUCUCCCUGAAGAUAUGACGUCAGAUUUCUUCAACGAAGUAGCCCUUGAUUAACUGAUGUUCGAUCGGGGAGAAAUCCAUAUGACAAGUUUUAUUUGUACACUUGGAUCUAGCUUCAAUAACUGGAUUCUAAUGCUUCUCUUUGAUAUUUUCGCGCUCCACUAUUCAGACUUGUUGUAUUUCCCUUGUAAAUGGAGUAAUAGACUGAUCUUUAUACUUAAGGGUGUUAGGGUUCAAAUU